CACUCAUGUCCAACCCGAUGAUGGAAUGGAUCCACACAAGAAGUCUUGUUUAAGAGUUUUAUCAUCUCUGCCUGGGUCAUCCACCCAGGUCGAUAAAGCUUCCAGACUUGCCUGGACACGCUUGGGCCGAUGUGGCUGGUGAUCUUAGGUGUGGCGUUGUGGCGGAGCAGUGGGGGUAGGAGACAAAAAGUCGCUCUCAAUGGAAUUGAUCAGCCACAGCCCACCAAGAUUGUGGCCUUUCAGCGCCAACUCAUCACCACCCUGGUUGAACUUCCGACCACUCAUACCUCAUCAUCGUCACUACUACAAGCAUCUGCUUUGCAUCAUGCCUGCCGCCCACUGCUUCGCCUGGCGUUUAUGCAAGCCAGAAUUCUCCUCGUAGGUGGUUUAUAUUAAGGGACUGUGUUCGCAGUUCUCGCACUCUACACUUGUCAGCUCUCACGUCCUUCUCCUUCGCACCCUCGCUCACCUACUUCUUCCUUGUGACUAUCCUUACUCCUCUACGCUGACCUGCGUCUGCAUUUCUGCCCCUCCACAGACACUUCCGAACCUUGCUGGCCCCGAACUGACCACGACACGGCCAUCUCUCACAUAUCGCCAAUAUGUCCGCAGGUCACUCAGAACCCCAAGUUUUGUUCAGCGUCAACAAUAUUUCUGCAUACUCUGUCCAGAAUGGAGAAGAGCAACCUAUAACCACUUCGGGGCCUCAGACGUUGUCACUGUUGAUGGUUCCAACCGCAUCGCCUUUUGCAGAACCGUCGAGUGCAGACCCCUCAAGUCAAGCCCCAGAGGAUGACUUCUACUUACAUUUACAUCUGCCCCCAGAACUAGAUCUGCCUCUGCCUGCGACAACUCAGAUCUAUCAUAAACCCCCAACGAGCUACUUGAUACCUCGCUGGGACCUUGGUCCUGACGCUGGGGCUUUUAUACGCAUUCAGUUUCCAUCUGUGGGUACUGGUCCGGGAAAAGUAUCUCAGGAAGACGUGGACACAUUUGAGACAAUCCUUGCUCAGUGCACCGCCUUUCUUGAGCGUGUCAACUCACCACCUCAAGGGAUCAAGCAGUAUGAUCCUUCGGACUAUCGACCUGGUGAGGGCUAUAUUAGCUCUUCGUCUUCAACGCACCAAGAGAAGCCGCAACAUGGUCAGAUUGUACUCAUUGAUGAAGAGAAUGGGAGUGUCAUUGGUGAGCUACAAGACAGCUACAACGUGGUAGAAUCCCCCGCCAUUAAACCGGGGUCCAAGACACCCGUACAAAUUCAGCUUCCACAAGAAGGUCAAGGCAACGCUAUCCGUGUUGAUAAUGUUUCGGAGCAUUUCCUCGAGAUGGCGAACCACCCAGCUUAUGCCAAAUCAACGAUUGUCCAGUCCUCAGCCACAGCCUCAAGACUCAUUGUCACUGGGUCCGGGUAUAUCGCCAACGCCAUGACAACGGGAGCAAACACCUUCCAGAAAAAGACUGAACCAAAUCCUAAGCCCAUGACUUUCUCUCCGGCCACUCAUGACCGGAUACGGCAGCUUCAUUCGUUUACUGCGGGGGCCGUCGGCCUCAGUUCCAAGACCGUGGGCCAGCUCAGCCGAUAUGCACAAAACUUUGGCGCCACUCUUGCGCGAAAAGGCGAAAAAACCAAGAAGGAGCCGGGCAAGGAUUACAAACCCGGCAUCCUCAACAAGUCUCUGAUAGCAUUUUCCACAAUUGCUGAUGGCAUCGACCACGCUGGCCGGCAGCUACUUGCGUCUUCUUCGAGCGCGGCGACCAACGUGGUCGGUCAUCGCUAUGGGAGUGAAGCAGGAUCUGUGGUUCAGGGUCUGGCCGGUGGGGUCAAGAAUGUGGGUCUCGUUUAUAUUGAUGCCACUGGUGUUUCACGUCGGGCGGUCUUGAAGUCGGUAGCCAAAGGCAUGGUCGUGGGCCGAAUGCCCAAUGGCCAGCAGCUCGUCGUUGGUGAAGGUGACGGCGGCCUCGUGCCCGGAUCGGACACUGCUGUGACGGCAUCUACGGGCAGCAAACGAAAUGACUACUAUUCCGGGGCUUCUGAAUAUGGAGGUAGCAGACCAGGCAACGGGAUGGAAAGUUAUGGAAAUGCCAUCACAGGCCCACCAGCGUACUCUCCUGGUGUUGGUGAGUCUUUGUAUGGUCAAGCUGCGCCUCGAGAGAAGCGCUAGGAAUGAGAGAUGAGAGAUGAAUACGUUGUUAUGUAUGAUGAGGAAUGAGGUACGAACGGUAGUAUAAGACGGGAACGAAGGCCAUAUUAGAAUAUUAGCGGUGGCACCAGGCAGUACGUCAGCUCGAGGUAUUCUUUGCUUGGAAUAUGAAGUAUUACCAGACCGUGCUUGUUAAAAGGCCGUUUCUAAGACUCACCACAGGACGGGUUUGACAUGGCGGGCAGAUCUUUGUUCUGUGUUCUCUGUACCAAACACGGUAGAAGCGAUAUGUUGGGGCUAGACGUCUGAGGUGGGUCAAUUGAUAAGGAAAACCAAGGGGCACGGGUGACAAGACGACAGCUGUCAUCGUUUGUUAGCCGUCAAGGCAUGAGACCAGAACACGAUGGCUGGGUCAUCUGAUGGCCCAAUCCCUGGAAGCCUGGAGUAACGGUGAUGAGGUCCAUAGCCUGUACGAGAGGCACAUGUCUGUUGAUGUUCAUUGGCGAUAGCUACUUAGUACCUCCUACCUCCUGCUGCAUAAAUGCUGUAUGUUAUCUUCAUAGUCCAUAGUUAAACGGGAACAUUC